AUGGACAUGAUAGUAAUUCAUGUCUUUCAGCUUAGAAAUGCAGUUGAAACUGAGAAAAAAAAAGUGACUAACACCCACCUUGAAUAUCUGAAACCACAAUGGCAAAAAGAGCACCAAGAGAAAAUAAUCAAAUUAGAAGAAAAUUUGAAAACAAAUUUGAUUGAGAUUGGACAGAGUCAUCGAAAUGCUGAUGAGAAAAUUAAUGAGAAAAUUGAUGAAAAGAAAAAAUUAAAAGAUUUUGAAAAUCAGAAGCUUGCCAUCAAAAGACAUAAGAUAGCUAUUGGUGCACUUAAUACUUUGAAUGUUGACAGAAGCAAUAAGGCCAACCAGCAGAUACUAGACAGAUGGAAUGCACUUGAUGCUGAAAAAUCUCGAUCGAAAAAAGUAAUAAGUCAGCCCAAGAAACGACCACCACGACCGGUUAACAUUUUGAAUCUGGAAGGGAUAAGUGAAAUUGAUAGCCUGCCAAGAGUGUUCAGACAUGAUAGGGGAAAUGUUACAACUGAUGAAUUGGUAGCAAGCAGAACAGAAGAGCAAGAAGAUAGUGGUGUUGUUCAAGGUGCUGGCCCUUAUAUUGAAAGUCAUAAUGAGGAAAAUGAUGAUGCUUGUAAUGUUGCUUUAGAUUCCACUGAGAAAUCAAAGAUUAUUGAAGCUAUUGGGAGAGAAAAGUUUAUCAGAGUAGAUGCUAAUAAUGUAGAUGAAUUUAAGGAUAGUGGUUUUAGAACCCUUGAAAAGAUUGAUGAGGAAUAUGGAGAGAAUGAUGAAGGUAAUGAUGGUGGUGAAGAUACAUUUGUUGAUGGAACCAUUCCUACAGCUGAAGUUGACAUUGAUGAUGAUAAAAUAGAAUUUGUUGCAGAAAAGUUGGCUGAUAUGCAACAAAAUGCUGGAACAAAAAUUGAUGCAAAUUUUGUUGUUCCCACACAAGAAACCUUAUCAAGAGGCGUUGAUAGUGCUGCCAACAAAAAUGUUGUGAAAAAAGUUGAUGCUUCCUCGUCAACCACAGCCACAACGCAGACCAACAAAAAGUGUGCAACAAAACAGACAGAUCAACAAACAACCCCAAUAGUGAAAUGCACAAUAUCCCCACAACACUUGAACAAACUGCAUGAUAAAAUUGCACAGCAAAGAGAGAUUUGGUUGUUGCAAUCGUCGACAACAUCAAAGCCGACAACAACAACAACUGCAACACAUUCUGCUAAGUUUCUGCAACAGCAAAAUUCCGAACAACAGAAGCAAGAUCAAAAUGAUGAGACACUUGAAGCCAUCACACCUGACAAGAGACCAACUCCUCUCAUGGAUACAUUGUCGUCGUCAGCAUUAUCGAGCAACAACUCCUACAUCCCAAGUUUCAGAAAACUUCCAAACGGAGGAGCAUCAUAUUCGUCAUCAUUUGAUUCCAUGUUGGAUCCGAAUGAUGCCUCCAUCUCUCAACGUGCCCCCUCAAGUUCAAUGGAUAGUACGUUGUCAUCACUGUCGUCAACAUUGGCUAGCGUGACUUCAACUGAUGAUUCCAUGAAUGGAACUCUUCAGAUUGAGAGGCAGAAGUUGGAAUUGCUAAAGCUGCUCAUGGAAAUAGAAGAACAGAAAAGAUUCCUGGAGAGUCAAGUCAACAUCGAAAUCGAUGAAGACACCAGUAAGGUUGAUCAGAAUUUUGUUUCACUGGUAGAAGCAACACAACCAAUCACAGAUGAGAUACUUUAUAAUGGACAGCCAAUCAAAAAAGAGCAAUUUCACCAGCCAACCAAUCAUUUGAUGUUACCAAUGUUCAAUCCAGAUAGUACAACCAGUCUGUCUGCAUUCCUUCAAGACACCUCUUCAUCCGACCAAUCACACCACUCAAAAAUGAACCAGCAACAGCAACUACCUCCAUCACCAACUACAAACCAGCAGCACGACAGCCUACCUUUUUCUUCAUUCGAAACCUCUACCCAGUACCUCGACUUGCCUGACACAACAAAAGCAGAAUCUUCGGACGUUGUGAACAACAACGACGACAGCAGCAUUCCAAUUGUUUUGAAUUCAUUCAGCAAAUCAGGCAGCACCAUCUAUUUGGACUUGCCACUUGCAGAUAGCCCGAAAGAUCAUGUAGACAACAAAAAAAUUAACGCAAUGAAGACGUUAGAAGACAACAUCACAAUAACAAGUUCCCUUGAUAGCUUUAUGAAACAUGAAGCUUCUUUCAUAAUGAAUACUGAUAACUCGAGCAAUGAAACCAGCCUAUCAACAUCCAAGUUAAACACUGUACAAUAUAAUAACCAAUUAAACGUUAAUGAUCAUUCUGAAAAGCAGCCAUGUACUCAACAAAUUGUUACCAGCUCUGAUAAAGAUGACAUCGUAGAAAAAAAUAACUGGCAAAAAUUAAAUUUAAAAAAUAUUUCAGAUGAAGAACGCCAUUCAAACAUUAUUUCCAAUGACAAAGAUAACAAUGCAACUGCAGUUGACAGUAACCAUAACAACAACAAAGCAACAUCUUCAAGUGAAAACUCAGAUAACGUGAUUAAUGACCUGUCAACGCUUUCUCAAGAUUCAUUGAGUAGAGAUAUAACAGAGCGAAUGAAUAAAAUGCUAGAAAACAUGAGGAAAGACUGCCAGGAGUAUGAAUGCAACAAAGCUGUCGCACAAGUAACAUCAACAACGCAAUCAAACAACUGCAACAGUCAGUUGAUUGCAACUCAGUUGAAUGUUAUGAGCAGUGAUAACGACAAUGGUAACAUCAAAAACAUUAAAAGUUUCAGCACCAUCGAAGAUGCUUACUGUUCAUACUUGGACCCAAGCUUCUUAUCAUUAGACUUUCAAAAUCCAGAAGCUGAAAGCAGUAGGAUCACAUCACGAGAGGAAAGUAGCAGUAAUUCUACAAAACCGUCUGAGUUACUGAGACAGAGAGUUAAAGAACUGCUAAACAUCCACUCUGAAAUACCUCUUCCUUUUGAUUCAACACGUGCUUCCAACGUGCCAGUAACUGAGCAAAUAGGCAGUAAGUGUGCGUACGACUCCAGCGAUAGUAGUCAAAACAUUAAUAACAAUAGCAACAGCAAAAGUAGCGGUAGUGAAAGAAAUUAUAACAACUAUAAUAAUAAUGACGUCAGUUCCUCAAAUAACUUUGAUUUGUCUAAAUCUGGUCCACAGUCAACUAUUCAAUCGAUGUUACCCAAUUGGGCAGACAUUUUGAAACCAUACAAAAAUUCCAAGGAAAAUAACGAAGAAAACAAGGACGAGCCUUACACUAGAAAAAAUAAAAAAACAAGAAAAUUCAGAGUUGACCAACUAAACUCAAACUCCUCGUCACUGUCGUCGUCACUAUCGAUCUCAGACAUACUAAACAAUCAGGGAGAAGUCACAGGCAUCUUAGAAGAACCGGACAUCAGUUUAGUCAGCACCAGUUCAACAUCAUCAUCUGUCUCAUUUUUUGUCAGAGUUCUCAACAAUCAAGAAAAGUCUGAUAACGCAGCACCAGAAGCAUCCAUAUCACUACUGUCAUUUGAGAAACACGAACUCAGUGCUUUAGAGCGAUCAGGAUCAUCUUUUCUUAGCUCUAAUUCAACUGUUCAAGAACCUCCAACAGCAGCGUCGCAUGCUGUCAGCAAGGAAGACCUGGAAAACCUGAAAAGGACCAUAAACUCUUGGAAAACGUCAAGAACUAAAACAAAUCCAGGAAACGGCUUUCACUUAUAA